UUGUAGGAGGUGGGGCUGUGGCGUUCAGUCCAAUAUCCUUCAUAUUGACAGAUGUUGGCGUUUUGAUCUAGAAAAAAAAUAUGUGUACAAUGUGAAAAGUACUUUGAUCUAUUAACCAUCUCUUGUUUCAGAUAUUUUUUAGAAAAGACGUUUCAAGUUUAUUAGAAAAAAGACAAAGAGCAAAAACAAUAAGACAAGAGAGUGCUAUCCAAUUUAAUUCCUAGUGAGGUUCGCAAUUAGCGUCAUGCGUCCUGAAGAUGCCCCCGAAGGCCGGCGCGAGCGAGUGUCCCCGGGCCUGUAAGAGGGGGGAACCGAGCCAGCGCCGCGGGAGACCGAGCAUGGAGGCGGCGGGAGCCCCGUGAUGCUCCCGCAGCGAGAGAGGGCGAGAGAGUGAGAGACCCGACGCCACGAGAUUAUGGAUGCUGGUGCUUUCCUGGCGCCGCUGAUCCCGCCCUGGUCUCCGUCGACGGCCGCGCCCUCCACAGCGCUGGCUGAGCACCUACACGACCUCCUCGGCGCCGCCAACGACUCCCUCAAGGUCGUCCUCAAGCCGUCGAGCGCUCUGGAGUCACUCGCGCCCACCAUGGCCGCCCCGACGUCCUCGUGGCCGCCCUCGGACGAUGCCCUCGUCAACUUCACCCUCGACGCGGCGGCGGCCAACCUCACCCUCAACGGCACGCCCUCCGACGACGACCUCGACGUCCAGGAGUUCAUCUUCAACAACCUGGGGCCUCAAAGACUGCCGUACCGCACGAGCCUGACGGUGGUUUACGUGCUGAUCGCCGUCGCUGGCCUGGUGGGAAACGUGCUGACUUGCUUGGUGGUGCUACGUAACCUCUCGAUGAGGACGUCGACCAACUACUACCUCGUCAACCUCGCCGUCGCCGAUAUAAUCACCCUCCUUUUCGCGCUACCGAUGGAGGUGUACCACAUGUGGCUCCAGUACCCGUGGAUCCUGGGCGACGUCUUGUGCCGCGUGAGGGCCAUCGUGCCGGAAACCUUGGCCCAUGUCUCCGUUCUCACCAUCCUGGCCGUGUCUGGAGAGCGAUACGUGGCCAUUACUGACCCCGUCUUGGCCCGCACGACUCACACGCUCUCCCGGACGGCCCGAGUCGUGCCCAUUAUCUGGCUGGUGGCACUGUUGGCAGCCACGCCCUGGGGUUACUAUCAUCAGUCCCUCUGUUGUCACUUAUCACUGUCUUGGUCCUUUGACUGGUUUUUCUAUUGGCUCACGAUGCCAGACUGUGGCAUUAUAGAAGCUUCCUCUGCAUCAGCGUCAAUGGAUUACGAAACUUCAACUUUCUUGAACUUUGCCCAGAAAGUCAUUAAGUGUCGAUCUGAUUUCUUGCGGCACCUGCGCGUAACACACUCUCCGCGGCGUGUCUCCGACUGCGCCUCCGGAAGAAAGCCUGCAUUAGCUCUCCUUUCCUUGUGGGAUCCGCUUUACAAGCCGAGUUUAUUUUUUAUGACUCUUAUUGUUGCUGGGAUAGUGCUCUCCAUUGACCCGCCGUCGCGAACUCCCUCAGCGGGGAACGGAGCCAUGCACACCCGCAGACUGGGGAUUCGCAUGCUGGUAGCCGUUGUGGUGGUCUUCUUCCUGUGCUGGGCGCCCUUCCACGCCCAGAGGCUAAUGUUCGUCAUCGUCACCAGCUACGGGGAGUGGACACCACAUCUCAGAACUGUCAACGCUAAUCUCUACUAUUUCACAGGUAUUUUUCAGGUGAUAAAUGAGAUAAAAACACAAAGGAAAGAGACCCUUACUGUCACAAAAGAAUGUGUCUGGUCAAGUUGCACUGCAAAUUGCCUUGCAGUGUUCCUAGUGUAUGCCGCUCACGCUCUCGCCAGCCCACACUCUCCCACAGUAGCCGUUGUGGUGGUCUUCUUCCUGUGCUGGGCGCCCUUCCACGCCCAGAGGCUAAUGUUCGUCAUCGUCACCAGCUACGGGGAGUGGACACCACAUCUCAGAACUGUCAACGCUAAUCUCUACUAUUUCACAGGUCUGUGCUACUACCUGAACUCCGCCGUUAACCCCGUCCUCUACUCCAUCAUGUCGGUGCGCUUCCGGAUCGCCUUCCGCCGCUCUCUCUGCGGAGGCAAGGAAUGGGCGCGGCGACAGCUCUACAUCUCCAACACCUACGGCCCGCAGAUCGCCUCCAACCACUCCAACUUCCUCAACCGCACGCGAGAGGUCUCCACCGCGUCCACCAAAUUCGUGACGCGCGUCGCCGACCCGAAGCGCCAGCUCGAACCACCGAACCGAAACGGCUUCACGUACGCCUACGAACCGAUGGACCUUGAAGGCUGAGUCGCCACCGAUGGAGGGCGUGGGCGCUGGGCUGUGGGCGGAGGGA